CCAACUUCCCUAACGUAUAUUUCCAACCCGAGAUCGAACUCCAGCGACCCCACCCAUUCUCCCCUUUAAAAUUAAAAUCCCACCUAGAAAAGAAUAAAAAUACUAAGUUAAUCAAAGUACACUGUAAAGGAAAUCGAACAAGGCGGAAGGGGUAGAUAAACGCAGACCGAUCUGAAGGCCGUUGCAGGUUAAUUAAACGGCUCUGUUGUAUCAGAAGACCUGUUAAACGUAACCGUUCAAUGAUCUGGCGCCUUGUUUCAUCUAUGAGGUGGGCGGCUGAAGCAGCAUACCGAAGCUAUGGAUAAGAACAAAACCAAAGAUAAUCUGCUAGCUGCUGGUAGAAGAAGGCUUCAGGAAUUCAGGGACAAGAAACAAUCUAAAGGAGGCCGUUCCAAAACGUCCGAUAGAUCUAUAGCUCACAUGGAGCAUUCAACACAUGUGCAAAAUGAUGCAGAUCCUGGACAGAAGCCUGAUUUGGAUCUGGUGGCUAGUGUUCCUUCAAUACAAGAUCAAUGUAGCGAGAAUUCCAAUACACUGGAACCAGCUUCGGGCGGGGUAGAAGAGUCAAGGGAUGAGGAUAGCAUGGGGUCGGAUAGAGAUGGGCUUUCCAUGGGUGAGGUUUUUUCAAUCGUUGAAUCAACUGAUGUGGUUUGUUCAGCUGAAGGAGUUCAGAAAGAAAAGCUCCAAAUUGACGACGGACAGGGAAAUUCAAGCAUGGAGGCAGUUGGGCAUCAUAGCCACAUGUCUGAUGGGGCCCCCAUUUUAAAUGCAGAAAGUGCACCUGCUGGUUAUACUGAACUUGAACAAAACCCUUAUAAACCUGUGGAAAUAAAAUUUAAUGAUGAAAUGGGGAAUUCCACUUCUGAUGUUCUUCAGGGUACAUAUUGUAAAUCCUCAGUGGAAGGCACUUUUGGAGAAGACCAAGAUGCCAGCGUCGUUAAGGAGAAAAGCAGUCAUGUCAAUGAAACCUUACAUCCAGGAAGGCUAGCCAUUCAUGAUGUUGUCUCCCCAGAGGUGUAUCAGCAAGGAAGUAGAGAUGAAGGUUUGCUGCAAGCAACCCAGGUUGACACUGGUGAUUCUCUAGUGAUGUCAUCAGCUUGUGAUAAGAAACCACCUGAAGUGAAGCUUUUGCAUCUGUCAGAAGGUGAGAAACACAAGGUUUUAGAAUAUGAAAGAGCAUUUGAUGUUUCUUCUCCAUGUCAUCCAUCAACUGGUGAAGAAAAGAAUAUUAAAAUAGAAAGUUUUGGGCCAGAAAUCAAGUCAGGUCUUCCUGAUAAUGACGGCCUUUUGUCUGAAAUUGCUGCUUGUAAGGAGGCUCUUAUGCAAGCACGUGAAGACACUAUUCAGCUUACAGAGAAAAAUAGAUCCAGCCAGCUUGAAAAGGAGCAACUUAUGCAAGAUAGAUUGCAUUUGGAGGAGGUACUUUCAGGCAUAAGGGAUGAGAACUUCACUCUUAAAACAAGUUUUGAAGCCACUACACAAAUAUUGCAUGCGGCCCAGGAGCAAGAAUAUUUUCUGAGAUCAGAGCAAAGUGCCAAUAAAGGAUUGGCUGAGGAAAAUGCAAAACUGAUUACAGAAAUGAAGCAAUUAAAGCAGGCACUUGGUGACAUGGAGAGGGAGAAGUCAGAAAUUGCUUCUGCCUUGGGAGAAUUCAGGACUCAAUUUCAAUCCGAAACUGAAGGAAAGGCAUUUAUUUCAAAUGAGCUGGAAAUUGCCGAGCAGAAGCUUCACGAAGAUAGAGGAGAAUUUCAUGGUCAUAUAGAGGCAGCAGAUAUUGAGAUGGAAAAUGUUAUAAAGGAAAGAUUACUAACACUGGAUGAACUUCAGGCUUCCCAGAGUGCUUUGACGGUGUCAGAGAGUCAAACUGAACUUAAAUUAGUGACUUUGCAGCAAAAGUUACAGUCACUGGAAUCAGAAAAAUUUCUUGCUUUGUCUCAAUUAAGAAAAGUACACCAAAUGGUAAUUCAGGCAGAAUCAGCAAGUUUUAAAGAGACAGAACAGACUGAAGAUACUCAUUAUUAUGAACUGUCCCUUAUUAAUGAGAUAGAGAAAUUUGUAGAGGAGGCCAAGGUGAGAAAAGAAGAAUAUCUUGAUGAAUUGGAAAGUCUGAGAUACCAGUUGCAGUUGGCUGGUGAUGAAAAAGAUGAGCUUUUGCUGAAACUAAAUGAACAGGCCAAUGUUCGGAUGGAGUUUGAAAUUAAUUGCCAGGAAGUGGCUCAGAACAUAGAUGAGAUGAGAGCACUGAUUGAUAUGGAGCAUAAAGGGAAAAAAUGUCUGGUAAACCCUGAAGAACGGUAUGAGUUGCAUGCAAGCAAUGAGCUACUGGAAAAACAAAUAUUAAAAGAUGAGGUUGUUUUCACUAGAGAGCAGACAGAGCAACUUAGGGCACAGACAUGUCAGCUUAAAAAUCAGUUGCAUCAAAUAAUUGAAGAUAAAUUUAGACUGAUGGCUGAACUGGAUGAGUUCAGUGGAUAUGUGGCAAAAAUAAAUAAUGAGAAAGAAGAAUUAGUUCGGGAUCUUUGUUUGACAAAAGAUGAACUCAAGCAAGUCAGCUCUAAAGCUGGUCUGCAAGAAAAUCUUGAAGAUGAAAAAAAUCAUCUUGGUGAAGAAAAUAGAAAACUGCUACUUGAAUUGCAUGCAUGUGAGAAACAAGUAGAGGAGUUGAAGCAAGAUAAAAUCCGACUCACAUCCAACAUGAAACGAAAAGAGAAGCACUUAUUCAUUUUCUAUGAAGAAUUGGCUCGGGCUUACAAAGAGCUUGUAGCUAUACAAAAACCUAAAGGAGAGACAAAUUUGGAAGAGGUAGGUAAUGAUCCUGUUAAUAUUCUAUUCACUAAUGUUUCUCAGGAGUUGACAAGGGACAAUGAGCAGCUAAUUGAUCUGGAUAGAAUUCAUGAAUGGGAAGCACAAUUUGAAAGUUUGCUGCAAAUGGCAAAACAAUUAAGUCAACAUACUAGAGAAGUGGCAAGUGAAUGGGAACAAAUGAAGAAUGCUUAUGGAUCAUUAGAGCAGCAACUGCAGUCGCUGGAAGGUAUCAGAGUGCAAUCUGCAGGUGAGAUAAACAGGCUACAAGAACAAUUGCAAGAUGAACGUGCUAAUUUGAUGCAAGAUUUACAUAAUGCAAAUAAUGAGAUGGAGCGAAUGCAACAGGAUAAUUCAGUUUUACAACAUCAAUAUGAAUUGGCUUUACAAAAGGUUUUGGAUUUGGAAACACACAGGGAAAAGUCAGAUGCUGAGAUUGACAUACUGAAAAGUCAGCUCCGUGCUUCUGCAGAAGCUAAGGAAACUCUACAUUAUCAAUUACUGGAAGUAGAGAAAGAGAAGGAAAAGCUUGCAACAGAUCUUGACUCAUGCAGGAUUCAGUUAAAAGAAUUAGAUGUAUUAAAUAAAGUGGAGAAAACUACACUGGACAAUAAAAUUGGGGGCUUGGAGCAAUGGGUCACGAAGCAAAAUUCAGAGGAUGAUGAUAAGGUAUUAGUUCUGAAGGCAUGCCUGUUUGAGGCUGUAUCGACUUCAGAAAAGCUUCAGAAAUUAGUCCAGGAAAUGAUUCAUGAUCAAACUAACUUAAACAAGGGGAGCCGCAGGGCUCCUGCUGGUAUUUCAAAACUGAUUCGUGCUUUCGAGGCCAAGUCACAAUAUGAUGAUGUGAUACUGGAAGCAGAGCCUAUGACGGAAACUGAUGAUACUUCUCAGCAAUCCUCUGAAAAGGCAGAUCAUGUGCCUAAGCAGGAUGCAAGUUUUGUAAUACAACACCUUAGGGAAGUAGAGGAUAAUUUAGUACAUUUAAGAACCACUCUGAAUCAGGUUGACAAGGACACAGAUAGCAUUCAGCAACAGAUCAUGGAAGAACAGCAACAUAAAGGAUAUUUGGAAGCUUGUUUGCGGCAGCUAGAGGUUGAUGUCAAUGUGAUGAAGGAAAAAAGGCUUGAGCAGGAUGAGGUUCUGGCAACUUUGACAGAGAAGAAUGCACAGCUCAUGGAACACGCAUUGUUAGAUGCUUCUCAAAUUGAGAAUUUGAAUAUUCAACUAAAUGAUCUGCAAAAACAUGCCAAUGAGGAGUCAGUGGCAUUCCAGAACCAGUUGGAAACUAUGCAAAAAGGUUUUGUUGAGCAGACUUCUCUGUUAGAGGCAGAAAGAAGUUCCUAUGUGUUUGCAAUGCUUUUUGCUGCACAAAAUCUAGAACAAUCCAUCCAAGUUGCCUCAAUGAACUCCACUUGUGAUGAAUCAGAUCCCCCAAGUGUUGAUUUCCGCCUUACUACCAUUGUAAAUGCCACCAUAGAAAAAAUCAACGAAUUGAGAAAUCUGGAGGCAGAACUUGAUUCCAGUCGUCAGGAGAGUUUGCAGAUGCAAAGAUCAUUUGAAAACCUCACCCAGAAAUUUGAAACUAUUCAACUAGAAAGAGAGUCACUUGUUAGAGAACUCCUUAAUAUUCACAAGAGACUUGGGAAGCUGAUUGAACCACAAGAAAAGUUGACUAUGGAAAAUAAACAGAUGACUGGUCAUCUGCAACAAAUCGAUACCAUAGAAGCUGAAGAGGAUGCACAUUCUGCCCUCGCAUUUGAUCUCAUGGCCGAUAAGUUGGAUAAAUUAGUUGGACAGUUGCAUGAAAAGCUGGAAGAAAGAUUACAGUUUGAAAGAACAGCUAGUGAGCUUGAGUCUGCUUUAUCAGUUAAGAACCAACAUAUUGAAGAACUCGAGGCCAGGUGUUUAGAGUUGUCUAAAAAGUGUAUUGAAAAUGAGAACUGUGUUAAGUGUGCAGCAAUUGAAGAGAGAUGUGUGCAUAUGGUCUCUCAGAUAUCUCACCUCUCUGCAGAAAAAGAUGCAUUAUCUUGUGAGUUGGUUGCUGUUAAAAGAGCAUUGACAGAAGAGGAAGAAGCAUUGAAAACUAUUUCAGAGGUGCACAACCAAUUGAAUGGGCAUUUGAAUUCAAUAUCAGAAAAGUUUAUUUCUGUUGUUGAUGAGCUCAUUCAAGAUGAAGUCAUAGUAACUGAUCCAAACAUGCAACAAAUUUAUCAUCUGGAAUCUCAUCUGUUUUUGCUUAUUGAAAAGUAUAAGACUUCUGUUGAACAACAAAAUCUAUUCAAGAGAUGCCUAGCAGAGUUGGUCCCACAAUCUGAUAGUGCUUUGAGGGAUAUAAUAAAAAUGCCUUUGGAUGUUGCAAUUAAAGAAGCUUUCAGUUGCAAGGAGAUGGAACUGACUCGGCUACAGGAGAGAAUUAAUGAAAUUGAGUCAGCAAAAUCUCAACAUGAAGAAGAGAUAAAAACUCUGAAAGAGUUACUCCAUAAAACAGAAGAGGAUCUUAAGUCAGUGAGCUUGGAUAGGAAUAAGCGACUACUGGAGCUUGAGCAGACAGAGCAAAAAUUAUCAUCUGUGAGAGAGAAGCUUAGCAUGGCUGUAUCUAAAGGUAAGGGCUUGGUUCAGCAACGUGAUGCACUUAAACAAUCUUUGGCUGGGAAGUCAGAUGAAUUGGAAAGGUGUUGGCAAGAAUUGCAGUUUAAAAAUGCUGCAUUGCAGGAGGCUGAGACAAAGCUUAAAUCAUAUGGAGAGGCCGGUGAACGUGUUGAGGCGUUAGAAUCAGAAUUAGCAUAUAUCCGAAAUUCAGCAACUGCUCUUCGGGAAUCAUUUUUACAGAAGGAUUCUGUUCUUCAAAAAAUAGAAGAAAUUCUGGAGGAACUGAAUUUGCCAGAGGAAUUUCACUACAAGGAAAUCACCGAAAAAAUAGAGUGGCUGGUAAGAUCAUGUUCUAUUGAAAGUGCUCCUCUACUUAAAAAUUUGGAUCAGGAAAUGUCUGAAAGGGAUGAUAGAGGUGACAUGAGUUUUCAGUCACCAAAUUCACAAUUAGACACUUUCAACUCAAGUCGAAAUGAAGUGAUUGAAGACUUGAGGAGGAGACAUGAAGAACUCCAGCACAAGUACUUAAAUCUGGCUGAGCAGUCUGAUAUGUUGGAGCAAUCUCUAUUGGAAAGGAAUCAACUUAUUCAGAGGUGGGAGGAGGUGUUGGACAAUGCCCAGAUGCCCCUUCCAGUAAGAUCAAUGGAACCAGAGGAUCGAAUUGAGUGGCUUGGCAGAGCUUUGAAUCAGGUUCAACAGGAUGUAGCUAAUGCCCAACUUCAGAUUGGAAAUGUUCAAAGUGCUGCUGAUUCGCUUUCCAUUGAGCUUGAUGAAUCACAGAGGAAUGCAUUUAAUCUUGAGACGCACCUUUCAACAGUAAAACAGGAGAAAGAACUUCUUUUGAAAACCUUUGAGGAGCUUACAUGCAAACAUGAAUGUCUGAUGGAGCAAGUGGCUAAGGAUACAUCUGAAAAAGAAACGUUAUACAAUGAUCUUGCUGAGUUACAGGCUAUGGUUGCUGAGCAAGAAUCUAAUUUGAAAGCUGCCAAAGCUGACACAGAAGCUAUGCUGAACAGAUUAAUAGAUAUGAUUGAAGAAGCAUUGCAGCAUGAAGAUAUUAUUAAUCUUCCUCGCAGUUCCAGCAGUGGACACUUGGAAGGAUGUCUGAUGAAUCUCAUACACAAGUUCAAGACUUUCUCUGAAUUAGCAGAGACGCAUAAGGAAACUAAUCAGGAGGAGCCUUCACACACAGAUGUUCUGGCAUCCAAUGCAGCAGAGGUCUUGAGUCUUCAGGAGGCAUUAGAUGAAAAAGAACAAGAAGUAUUGCAAAUGGGUAGGAAGCUAGAAGAAGCUACAUCAACAGUGGCAUCAUAUAAGAGCGAGCGAGAUAAUCUCCUAGAAAAAUGCAGAGUAUUUUCAGGAGAAACAGAGGCUUUGAAGAACCAAAGAGAUGCACUGCAAAUACAGCUUGAGCAGUCAGAACAGAAACUGACAUCUACCAAGGAUAAACUGAGUAUUGCAGUGAAAAAGGGCAAGGGUGUAGUUCAACAACGUGACAGCUUGAAGCAGACCAUGGAUGAAAAAUUAGCAGAACUUGAACACUUAAAAAGCGAGCUUCAGGUGCGUGAAUUCCAAAUUAGAGAUCUCUCAAGUAAACUUGACAAUUUCAAGAUACUGGAAUCCGAAGCAAUUUCUUUGAGGAACUAUAGCACGGAAUUAGAAGAAUCUUUGCAUGAAAGCAAAGUAAUGCUGCAAAGAAUAAUGACUGUGUUAGAUGCCAGUCAUGAAACUGAAUUUAGUGACCCAGUGAAGGAGAUCGAAUCGCUCAUUAAGAAAUCUCAAGAAUUAGAACUUAAGACAGAGUCUUCUGAACAAGAAGUUCAGAGGUUGAGAAAAGCAGCAGAAUUACUGGCUGCAGAGUUGGAUGAAGUCAACGAAAGAAUGGAGAGUCUAGAGGAUGAAUUAACAAAAGCACAAAGUGAAGUCUCCAUGUUGAAGAUAGAAAAGAAUGCUGCUGAAUCUGCAAAGAAUGAUGCCGUACUCCAUCUUGAGCAUGCUCUAGCUGUUCAUGCAGAAGACAUGAAUGAGGAAUUAGGCAGAGCUAAUAAUCAGAAUUCGGCCCUAUUAAAUUUAGGUACCGAACUUGAACAUUUGAGGAAAGAACAUGAUUAUUUACUGCAGCUUAUGGCUAAUGAUUUUUUCAAGAAGCUGGAACUUUUGAAAAAUUUGGAGGAUACCUUGCAAAAGAUCUUGAGUCAGCUUGCAAGUUCAAAAGGUUCAAAGAUGACUAGCCGGUUAAUAAAACUGCAUGAGGAGGGGAAGUUUUUGUCAAGUGGGUCUACUUUAGGUUUGUAUCCUGAUGAGCAUGCACGCCAGGUGAGAGAACAUCUUGGCACAAGUGAGAAACAGACGACUAAUGAUCAGUUAAGUUUUCUGGGGCAUGAACUGGAAGGGUGUAUUGAUUGUGUUGAGAUUUUCAAAAAGAGAUUUGAAGGGCAGUCAGCCACUUUUAAUGAGAAAGCUACAGGCAUGUUACAAAUGAUGCAGUUUGCAGUGCAGGAAGUUGUAACUCUUGCAGAAUCAGUUAAAACCUUGAAUAUGAAUGUUAACAGUCUUGAGGAUCUUACUAAAGAAAAGGAUCAUGAGAUCGUUACAUUGAACAAGAAUAUUGGCAUCCUUAUUGAUGCUUUGAAUAAUGUGAUGGCAGAAUUCCAAAAUGUGAUAGUUGAGAUCAAGGAUGUAGAAGAUAGUACAAAUUCUGAAGGGUGGUCAAGUGCACCCUUUAGCAACAACAGAUCGGAAUCGGGAUUUUCUAAGACUACACAAGCCAUAAAUCAAGUUGGUUUUACAGAUACAGAUAGUGUGGAGAUAGCUGAAAAAUUGAUGUUGGCUGCCAAGAACUGUGUGAAUAUUCAAACUGAGAAAUUCAAAUGCCAGUUGAAUGAAUUAAGCGCUUAUAUACAGCAGUUGCAGCAAGAAGCAGAAGAAAGGGAAGCUGAGAAGUCAAGGGCUUGUGGGGAGCUACAAAUUCAAUUAAAGAAUAUAGAAUCUGUUGCAAAUAGUCUUGCAUGUGAAAGGGAUAUGAACAAAGAAAGAAUUCGUCAGUUGGAGAAAAAUGUUGAAACUUUACAGAAUAAUUGCCAUGCUUUGGAGCUUAGUGUAGAGGAAUAUAGGGUACAGGAGACUUGUAUUGAGAAAAUGCAAGAGGAAAUUAGAUCCCUGCAUAAUGAUGCACUGACAAAGAGCCAAGAAGUAGAAGUCCUUAUGCAAGCACUUGAUGAAGCAGAUGUGCAAAUGGAGAGUUUAUCAAGUAAAGUAAAGGAACUGGAGAACGCCAUCCAGAAAAAACAAGCUUCGUUGGAGAGUCUGGAGUCUUCCCGUGGCAAGGCUGUUGCCAAGCUUUCUGCUACAGUCAACAGACUAGAAGACUUGCGUAAGAUUUCAGAAGGGCUGCUUGCAGAGGUUGAAAGUUUGCAGUUACAGUUAGAAAGCCGCGAUGCUGAGAUUUCACGAUUAAGGCAAGAAGUUACAAGAUGCACAGAUGAUGUAUUAUCUUCACAGGAAAAUAUGAAAAGAAAAGAGGCCAAGUUACAAGAGCUUGAACCAUGGUUGGAAAGGUUGGGGGCAAAAUGUAGAUUGUAUGAUGGGCUCAUUGAAGAGAGACAAGCAAGCAGAACACAUGCACUAAUGGUUGCAUUAGAAAAUUGGAUUGCUGCUAUUAUGACUGACUUAGAUCGUUUGUCCAGAGAGUCAAAAAACAAAGAUGCUUUGCUACAGGAUGCACACAAUAGAAUGAAUGAGUUAUCAAGUAAAGUAGAUCUACUUGAGACUGACAUUCAUAAUAAGCAAAUUGAAGUUGAAAGGAUAGAAAGAGAAAGAAAUUCUGGGUUGGGAGCUAUUGCUGGUCCAGAAGUGUCAGAAAUCGAAGAAAUGGCACAGAUAAGCAAGCGCUCUAUUCCUUUGGCCACGAUUGUGCCUCAUGUUCGGAAUUUACGGAAGUCUUCUAAUGAUCAACUUGCACUUAAUAUAGAUGUUGAAUCUGGCCAGUCAAUUUCAGAAUUUGAAGAUGAUGAAAAGGGCCAUGUUUUCAAGUCACUUGUAUCAUCGAGGCUUAUUCCAAAGGUUACAAGACCCAUAGCAGAUCGGAUAGAUGGGAUUUGGGUGUCAGGUGGGCGAGUACUUAUGAGGCAGCCUUCAGCAAGAUUAGGCCUCAUAGUUUACUGGAUUGUCUUACAUCUUUGGAUGAUGGCAGCAGUGCUGUAACAACAAACUUUGUUUUGGAUUUUGACAGGUAUUUGAUUCAAUCACUAUAAGGCAUCACAAAUCUCUUUUCAUUUUUGGCUUGGCAUCUUAUUGUCAAUUAGGUGUGGGCAUUCUUUUGUACACUGGUGAUUCUUUAAAGCUCGUAUAACAGUAAAGCAUGAAAUUAUUUGGCCUCCAAGGCAGCUAUAUAUGUUAUUUUUGGUCCAUUAAUCCCAGUCGGCCUUGGUUGUAUCUAAUAAGGAAUUAUGUUGCAAAGACCAUCUGAAAUUCUUUGUAAUGGCUUGUAAAACUUCAAUCAAUGAUUCCAAUUAUUCUAA